UAUGCGCAUGUCAUUUGCUCGGGACGACAGUAUUAGACUCGACCGGUAACGUAGAAAACGCUCGAACAUAACCUUUAAAAUAUUAUCUUGUAAGAACUUACAAACUAAAUAUGAAAACGCAGAAUUGGAAAGAAUUAGAUAUUCCUUUGAGCAAGCCUGUAUUAGAAACACUUCAGGAAUUGAAAUUUGAGAUCAUGACACCUGUUCAAGCAGCCUGUAUACCUCUCCUUUUAAAAGGGAAAGACGUUGCUGCAGAGGCAGUAACAGGUAGUGGCAAGACACUUGCUUUUCUUAUUCCUUUAAUGGAAAUAUUACAAAGACGCCCUGAUAAAUGGAAAAAUACAGAAAUAGGAGCUUUAAUAAUAACACCGACUAGAGAAUUAGCUAUUCAAAUCAGUGAAGUAUUAGCAAACUUCUUAAAUAAGCUCUUAUUAUUGAAGCAAGUAAUUCUUGUCGGUGGUACAACUAUUAAUGAAGAUAUAGAGAAAUUAAAAGGUGGUGCCAAUAUCAUAAUAGCCACUCCUGGUAGAUUAGAAGAUAUGCUUUCUAAUUGUAAAAGUAUAAAUUUAACAAAAUGCUUGAAAUCUUUGGAAAUAUUAGUCUUGGAUGAAGCUGAUAGAUUACUAGACUUAGGUUUUUCAAAAACAUUAGAUAUUAUAUUAAGUUAUUUACCACGUUUACGAAGAACAGGUCUUUUUUCUGCUACACAAACGAAAGAAUUACAACAAUUAAUCAGAGCAGGGUUAAGAAAUCCAGCUUUUGUUUCUGUAAAGGAGAAAGCUAAUAUAUCAACACCUUUGAGCUUAACAAAUAAUUAUGUAGUAAUACAAGCUGAAAAUAAGUUAUCAACAAUGAUAAGUUUUAUUCAACAAAAAGGAAUUCAUUUAAAAUAUAUGAUUUUUUUAUCUACCUGCGCAUGUGUAGAUUACUUCAGCCAUGUUAUACAAGCAAUGUUAUCAAAGACACGAGUGUUAGCUUUACACGGUAAAAUGAAGAAAAAAAGAUACAAAAUAUUUGAUGAGUUUCGUUCAAUAGAAGCUGGCAUUUUAAUAUGUACCGAUGUCAUGGCUAGAGGUAUUGAUAUAUCAGAAGUAGAUUGGGUAUUACAAUACGAUCCUCCAUCUACUGCCAGCAAUUUUGUACAUAGAUGUGGAAGAACAGCCAGAAUUGGGCACAAAGGAAGUGCAUUACUUUUCCUAUUAAAAAAUGAAGAUGCAUAUAUAGAUUUUAUUAAAAGAAAUCAAAAAGUAGAUGUACAAGAAAUGAAAUUAGAAGUAUGUACAGAUAUAACGAAAAAGUGUUUACAAUGUAUGCGUGACUUACAAUUGAAAGAUAGACAAAUAUUUGAUAAAGCAAAUAGGGCAUUUGUAUCAUAUGUACAAGCAUAUAAUAAACACGAAUGUAACUUAAUUUUAAGAUUAAAAGAUAUUGAUUUAGGAAACCUUGCCAUGGGUUUUGGUUUAUUAAAAAUGCCACGAAUGCCUGAAUUAAAAGGACGCGAUAUAACAUCUUUUGUUGCUCCAGAAAUAGAUUCCAAUUCAAUUACAUAUUUGAACAAAGAAAAGGAACGAAUCAGACAAGAAAAAUUAAAUGAGUUUCAUAAUACAGGUACUUGGCCUGGAAGAAUGAAACGUAAAUGUAAACAAACAGAAUCUUGGACUGAAACAAAAAAAAGGAAAUUAGAAAAACAAGAAAAACGUAAAAAGCGAAAAGAAAAGAAAAAAAUUCAACAAGAAAAGGGUAUUGUUCAAGUUAAAAAAAAAAAGAGAUCUAUUACUUCAGAAGAGUUAGAAGAAUUAGCAAAAGAUGUAGCAUUAAUAAAAAAAUUUAAAAAGAAAAAGAUAACUAAAGAAGAGUUUGAAGCAGAAUUUGGAGUUAGUUAACAAAAAGUUGGAAAAAGUAUAAAUUUUCUUUGAAAAAAAUCAUAUCAAAAAAUGGUGUUUUUUCAAGAAUAGUUUAUACAUAAAAAUAAAGCUUUUUCAAAAAUCCGAAAAAGCUAUGUCCUCGUUUAAACCUUCAUUUUUAAAAUAAGACCUUAUUCAUCAAAAUCGAUUUUGAAUCACGUUUUAAUCAUCCUGUAAUGAGGAUUUCCUAGUUACCAACUAUUAAAAUAUAUUCUAGUCAUCGACUAAUGGUAAAACAGAACUUUACCAUCAAUCCGUUUAGAAUGAGGGCGGUAGUUGUUUCCUGUUUUAUCAUUAUUCGUAUAAAAUGAAGUACUUUAACUGUUCAAGCAGUAAAAUUUCGAAUAUGUGUUUGUUGUUUUCAAAUAAUAUUAUCCAAAAGGACAUAAUAACUUCGACAGUUCUACAGUUAGUUUCUUUUUAUAUUUUGAUAUUACAAGUAAUAUUGAAAUAAUGGUUAUUUAAAUACGCUUUAGCUAUUUGUAUAUGUUUAAUUAUAAGUAAAAAGUAUAAUCUAGUAUAUGGAUUUUCUUUACUUUGAUGAAAUGUACCAUUGUUUUUAUUACAUAUAAACAUUUCUGUCACACUUUAACUCGAUUAUUAGAUUACGUGCGAGAGGGGUAUAACCUAUAUAAGUAGGGACAGUGUUCUGUGAAGCAAUUAUUUUAUUCAACCUGUCGUAAGGUUAUAUACGCUACGAACUAAAAGUGGUGAAUAGUCAAAUCUUUUUAUAUUUUGUAUGUACUAUAUAUAUAAUUUUUUUUUGAUACUUCAAUAAAAUUUUUCAUAAUUAG